AAAAAUGGCCACCAGUGGGCACUCGGUGUAAAGUCCGCCCCAACCCAUAUGGUGGUAUUUGUAACCAAGUCCAUUUGAGAAGACAGUUACCAAGCAACAAGAGGAGAUCCACAUGAUCAAUCAUAUCAAUAACUUUUCAUAGAUUGGAUGGCUGGCUGUCCCCCUCUCCAAACUUUCAUGAUUGCACCAAGCAAGCCAAAAGGAAUUGUUUGUGUUCUUGUCAGAAAGAGCCACCCAACCAUGGCAUCACUGGGGAGCAGCAGUUCCUCAACCACAGAAUAUACUGUGCGUUUACCCAAAAAUGCAAGUAAGAAGUACAUUAUGUCUUUCAAUGUUGGAGAUAGAGUCAACUGUUCUUCUUGGACACAGGCUCGUAUGGAAAGGGAUAUGAGUGCUCGGAGGAUGUAUGGGGAAGAGGAGGUGCCGGAGGGUGCAGCUGGCAGUGAAUUCGGCAAAAAGCAACGGGAAGAAGCACGGCGAAAAAAGUUUGGGAUUGUGCGGCGAGAAUUCAAAGUGGAGGACCAGCCUUGGAUUCUCAAAGUCAACGGAAAGGGUGGCAAGAGGUAUAAAGGUGUAAAAAAAGGUGGGGUCACUGAAAACGCCUCAUAUUACAUAUUUACACAAUGUCCUGAUGGUGCUUUUGAGGCCUUUCCUGUGCAAGGCUGGUAUAACUUCACACCACAAGCCAAACACCGGACCCUCACCGCCGAGGAGGCUGAAGAGGAGUGGGGCAGGAGAAAUAAGGUGAUGAAUCACUUCAGUAUUAUGCUCCAGAAAAGACUGAGGGAGCAGGAGCAUGGUGAGGAUGAUGAGGAAGAGGCAGAGAAGGCAGGCAAAAAGAAAAAGAAGGGGAGGGACCUGCACAUUCACAACUUAGAAGAUGACUUUGAGAUGAGCAGCAGUGACACGGAGAGCAGUGCAGGAGAAGAUGGUGAGAGUAAGCCCAAGAUAAAUAAAGGAGUGGCGAAACAAAAAUCAAAGAAGAAAAAAAACAAUGAGGAUGAGGCCAUUGAAGAUAGUGACGAUGGCGACUAUGAGGGGCAAGAAGUGGAUUAUAUAUCAGAUGAAAGCAGUAGCAGUUCUGAGGAAGAGCUAGAGAAGGCAAAGCCCAACAAAGGAGAAGAGCUUCCUAAAGGAAUAGAUGAACUGUCUGAAAGUGAGGAAGAGAGUGAAGAGGAGAAACCAAAUGAAGAGGAAACAAAAGAUGACAAUGAGGAGGAGGAGGAGGAUGGAAAGAAAACACCAGUGCAAACAGAAAAGAAAAAGAAAAAAGACAGUAGCGGAGAAUCUGACAGUUCCGAUGACAGUGACAUCGAAGGCGAGACAGCAUCUGCACUGUUUAUGCUGAAGAAACGCACACCUCCUAAACGUGGAGCUGGACGUGGUUCUGCAGGCAGUUCCAGGACGGGUAGUCGCCCUGGGACGCCAUCUAUAGACUCUGCUGCAACCUCCAACACUCUCCGUGCUGCAGCCAAUAAGCUCGAACAAGGCAAGCGACACACGCCAGCAGCUGGCUCUGAUACACCAGCUGCCAAACGGAUUAAGUUGGAUCCCAGCAGUCAAAGCCCUGCUCCAUCUGGGAAAAGCACACCUCAAACACCACCAGGAAAAUGCACCCUGAGCUCAAGUGAUGUUCAGCUUACUGAAGAAGCCGUGCGGCGCUACCUGAUUCGGAAACCAAUGACCACAAAAGACCUACUGAAGAAGUUUCAGACUAAACGCACAGGCCUGAGCAGCGAGCAGACUGUCAAUGUGCUGGCACAGAUCCUGAAGCGCCUCAAUCCAGAGCGGAAGAAUAUAAAUGAUAAAAUGCACUUUUACCUCACAGAGAAGUGACGGAAGACACUGAGAUUAACUAUAUAGAACAUGACUCAUUCAGCUAACCACUGAAAGACUGUUCUGAGUUUGGGAUAAACCCUGUAGUAAGUAGGGUUUUUUUUUUUUUUUUUGCUUUGUUAGGGUUUUUUUAAAUUUUUUUUUCCUUUUUUGGCUUUGUUGUAAAUUCAUUUAAUUCAUUCUUUCAUUAAAGAUGCAUUGCAGUUCUAAAUGAGAAAAUAAAUCUGUUCUUAAAAUUG